GUGUGUAUAUAUAUAUUGAUAUUGAACAUCAGAUUGAGAUAUCCUUUUCUUCCUCCUAUAAUUCUCCAUGUUGUCGUUACCUUCGUCUUCCUCGUCUAUUUCUAGACACAAAUAUGAUGUCUUCUUGAGUUUUAGAGGUGAAGAUACCCGCAGAAGUUUUACAGAUCAUCUCUAUGAUGCUCUUCAACGCAGUGGAAUCGUCACUUUCAGGGAUGAUCCAAAGCUGGAGGCCGGCGAAGAGAUUGCGCCAGAACUCUUUAAAGCCAUUCAACAAUCAUGGUGCUCGGUAAUCGUUUUCUCCAAAACCUACGCCUUUUCAAGUUGGUGUUUGGAGGAGCUUGCUGAGAUUGUUAAACAAAAAUUGGAAAAAGGUCAUAAAGUAUUUCCAAUUUUCUAUGAUGUGGAUCCGUCUGAUUUAAGGAAACAAAAGGAUAAAGUUGGAGAAGCAUUUGCCAAACACGAAGAGACAUACAAGGAAGAUCAACACAAGGUCCAAAGAUGGCGAAAUGCUUUGACUGAGGUUUCUUACAUCAAGGGAUGGCAUUUGAAUAACAAGCAUGAAUCUGAAUUCAUUGGAGAUAUUGUUAAAAAAGUAUCAGCAACAUUAUGUCAAACGUAUCCUGUUGUUCAUGAUAAGCUGGUCGGAAUUAGUUCCCGUUUGGAGGAGUUGUAUUCAAAAAUGGAUAUUGGGGAAGAUGAUGUCCGUAUUAUAGGAAUAUGUGGAAUGGGUGGCAUCGGUAAAACCACUCUUGCAAGAGUUGUUUACGACCAAAUGUCAUCUCAUUUUGAUGGCAAAAGCUUUCUUGCUAAUGUUCUUGUUGUUAUCGAUGAUGUUGAUAACAGAAAACACUUGGAACACUUGGUUGGAAGGCGUGAUUGGUUCGGUUCAGGCAGUAGGAUCAUUGUAACAACAAGAGAUGAACAUCUGCUCCGAUCUUAUCGAGCCGAUUAUGUGUAUAAGCCUACAACAUUGAGUCCCAAUGAUGCACUUCGGCUUUUUAAUUUGAAAGCUUUCGAUAGUGAGACAGCGUUGGAAGAUGUUUUCAUUGAGCUUUCUGAACAUGUUAUAAGUUAUGCUGGUGGUCUUCCCUUAGCUCUUGAAGUGUUGGGUUCUUUUUUGUGUGGUAGAGAUUCAACUCAAUGGAGAAGUGCAAUUGAAAGACUUAAACGAGACUCCAACAAAGAAAUUCUUGAUAGACUUCGAAUCAGUUUUGAUGGAUUGGAAGGAAGGGAAAAGAAUAUAUUUCUUGAUAUCGCAUGUUUCUUCAAUGGGGAGGAGAAAGAUUUUGUAACCAAAGUGUUGGAUGGUUGUGAGUUUUUCCCAGAUAUUGGAAUCGAUGUUCUUGCUAUGAAAUCCCUAGUGGCAGUUGAUGAAGACAACAAAUUAUGGAUGCAUGAUUUGCUACAAGAAAUGGGAAGAAAAAUUGUUUGGGAAAAAUCUAUUGAUGAACCUGGAAAGCGUUGCAGAUUGUGGGAUGAAAGGGACAUCCAACAUGUUCUAACAAAAGAAACUAAGUCUUCCCAUGCCACGGAGGUGAUUGAAGCCAUUAUCAUCGACAAUCAAAGAGUUGGAUUUUUGCCAGAGAGUUUGCAGCUAGCAGAGUUUUUGGAAGAGCUCGACUUGAAGAGAAGAGACAAAUUCAAUGGCUCUGAUGUUGCCUUCAUUGUCGGGUUUGAGUUCAUUGACACAGCUGAAACUAAGGGACUGCAAUCUUUGUGA